UUGUUGAGAAUCAUUACUGCAAUAAAGAUUCUUCCUUACAAAAGUGCAAACUCGUGAUUCAUAUGUUUACGCAAUUGGUGCACAUCCAUGUUUGACUGAAGCAAUGCUUGUACCCAAACACUUUUCAAUCCCAAAACACACAAUCCAACUCAACAACAACAAUCAACAACACAGUCUCAAAGACACAAUCCUAACUCAAAUCAAACAAUGCACAAAUCUAAAAACACUAGAAUCAAUCUACGCCAUAAUGUUCAAAACCAACUUCAACCAAGAUUGCUUCCUCAUGAACCAAUUCAUAACCGCAUCAUCCUCAAUCUCUUCUCACACAAACCUCGCAACUUCCACUUUCACACAAAUCAAAAAACCAAACACUUUAGUUUACAACGCACUCAUCAAAGCCUGUGUUCAUUGCCACUCACCAAACCAAGCAUUACUACAUUACAUAAACAUGCUCCGAAACGGCGUCGUACCCUCAAGCUAUUCAUUCUCCUCUUUGAUUAAGGCCUGCACUUUGUUAACAGAUUCUGUUAACGGUAAAACACUUCACGGACACGUGUGGAAAAACGGUUUCCAUUCACACGUGUUUGUUCAAACUACUCUCAUUGAAUUCUAUUCCAGUUUGGGUAUUGUGUGUGAUUCAAGAAAGGUGUUUGAUGAAAUGUAUGAGAGAGAUAGUUAUGCUUGGACGACGAUGAUUUCAGCGUAUGUGCGUAAUAAUGACGUUAUAUCUGCAGAGAAACUGUUUGAUGAAAUGCCUGAGAGAAAAAACACGGCUACAUGGAAUGCGGUGAUUGAUGGUUAUGCGAAAUUGGGGAAUAUUGAGCGGGUUGAGUUUUUGUUUGAUAAAAUCCCUUCUAAGGAUAUAAUUUCGUGGACAACUUUGAUGAGUUGUUAUUUGAAGAAUAAAAGAUAUUAUGAAGUCGUGAAGCUUUUUAAUGAAAUGGUGAAUGAGGGAAUGGUGGUUCCCGAUGAAGUUACUAUAACAACUGUGAUUUCAGCUUGUGCUCAUUUGGGUGCACUUGGGUUAGGAAAAGAGGUGCAUUUUUAUUUGAUGAUGAAUGGAUUUUGUAUUGAUGUUUAUAUUGGGUCUUCGUUGAUUGAUAUGUAUGCAAAAUGUGGAAGUGUAGAAAGGUCGCUUUUGGUGUUUUAUAAAUUGCAGGAUAAGAAUCUUUUUUGCUGGAAUUCCAUGAUUGAUGGACUGGCUGCACACGGCUAUGCAAAAGAGGCGUUAAGGAUGUUUGAGGAAAUGAGGAAGCAAGGAAUAAGGCCAAAUGGGGUAACGUUUGUUAGUGUUUUAACUGCCUGUACUCAUGCAGGGUUUAUAGAAGAGGGUCGUCGUUUGUUUGUGAGUAUGAUUGAGGAUUAUUGUAUUAAUCCUCAAGUUGUACAUUAUGGAUGCAUGAUUGAUUUAUUGAGCAAAGGUGGUUUGCUUGAAGAUGCAUUGGAGAUGAUUAGAGGAAUGAGGUCCGAACCGAAUGGUUUCAUUUGGGGUGCCUUGUUGAAUGGGUGUAAGGUUCAUAGAAACUUGGAAAUUGCUCGUGUUGCGGUUCAGAAUCUAAGGGUUAUGGAGCCAAAUAACAGUGGGCAUUAUAGUCUUCUUGUUAAUAUGUAUGCUGAAGUGAAUAGGUGGUGUGACGUCGCGAAUACCAGGAAUGAGAUGAAGGAUUUGGGUGUGGAAAAAACAUGUCCUGGGUCUAGUUGGAUCGAAAUCAACAAGGAACUUCAUGUUUUUGCUGCUUCUGAUAAGUAUCACCCAUCUUAUGGUCAGGUUAACAUGUUUCUAAUUGAGCUGGAUGAGCAGCUGAGACUAUCCGGCUAUGUCCCUGAAAUGGGGUCUAUUCUUUAAUGACUUUGGCUCUUCAAGUCGGAGGGUCCUUAGAAGGAUGAUUGUGCUGUACAUAGCUAAGUUGUUGAAGACAAACUCAAUAAGUUCUUGCAAGUUCCCUAGACAAGAGUUGCGUGAAGGGUGAUCUUGUAUGGAGGAGGCAUGAACAAAGAAAGAGUCAUGCAAACGAGGAGGCUCCUGUGAAAAGAGAAAGGAGAGGCAAAGACUUUGGAACUUGGAUAAAGAGAAGAGUGAGGCAAAGACUUUGGGAACUUGGAUAAAGAGAAGAAGCUAGGUAAGACAACUCUCAAAUGAAAAAAGUUAUGAACAUAGAAAUUUCCACUCUUUUAUUUUUGGUGUAGCAAACCUUCUAUUAUAGGCUAAUCUUCACCAGCACUCUAAAAUAAGGUAACCUCUGUUGUAAGGUUAGGUUGAGUUAGGCUCAAUCCGAAACUUGUAACAGAAACACAAUACACAGCCAAAUAAAACAAUCCUCAAUUGUAAAAAUACUAGAAUCAAUUUAUGCAUUAAUGAUCAAAACCAACUUCAAACAAUAUUGCUUCUAGAAGUACCAAUUCAUAUCCUCUAAAACACGUUCUCAGGAGUCUCCAUAGUCAAUAAAAAAAGUUGAAUCAUUCAAGACCGAAAUCAAUUACAAAAGUUAUCAUCUAUGAAUAAUUUGCAGCUAGCCAAACUAUUACAAUCAUUCAACAUAAACCUCACAUGUAACAGAGAUCCUUUGAAUGCCAUAAAUUAAAUCAGCAAGACUAUAAAAUCCACAAUACCCAAAUAGAUAAGUUAUCCACUAAGAAUAAUUUGAAGCUAGCCAAACAAUCACUAUCAUACAAAAUAAACUUCACAUGUAGCAGAGAUCCUUGGGAAUGCCAAUAAUUCUUCCAUCUUAUCAAGCUUUUCCUGGUUUUUCAAGGAAGGUGAACUGAAUAUUCUCAUUCUCUCCAAAGAUGUAGAAUUCAUCAAAAAGUUUUGUACAAAUAGAAACUCAUAUUCGCAUCCUCUAUAAUUUGUAAUAGUACAUUUUUUUAAUUGUAAAGAAAGGCAUUCAGGCAAAAUAUUUCGGAACAAUCUAAGAUCAAAUAAUGCUUCUGCCAAAUACGAUGUGAAAAUAUCUGGUGUUAAAGGCAUUUCAAGGAUAAAAGUUUGAAGUAUAGGGCAAUUCUUCAUGACAGAAGUUAAAAAUCUCCAAUUAAUACUUCUUCCAUAUACAAUCUCCAAAUGAGUUAACUUGGAAAACACAGGAACGGCCCCAUACAUCUACAACAGUAAUAAAAAAAAGACAUUAGACAUACUGAAGAAGAUAUAAAUAAAUUGAAAUAUAGUAUUUUUACAAGAAAUUAAAAAAUAAGCAAGAAAUGAAAUACAAAUUCAAACCUCUUCUAACCGAAGAAACUCAACACUGGAAAAGACUUCCAGAUCAACAUCAUAAAUAGAGAUGUUAGAAACAUCCGCCCUGAUCAAAUUUGUAAAUUUCUUAACUUGUUCAUCAUACUCAACUGACCAAUACCUUGUUGAUAUAUUCUUUAUUUCCAAGUCCUCAAGAAUUGGACAAGCAUUAAGAAUUUCCAAAAGAAACCCGUGUUCGAAAAAAUAAACACUAUUCAAGUGUAAAAUUUUAAGUGAUGGAAGGUUGGCAGAUAUAAAAAGAUUCACGCAUACAAAUUUCAGCUUUAGAACAACAAGGUUACUAAAGCGAAAAAUAAAACAAAUGAUAUUCAAUUUCCAGUUAUCACACAUUUGAAUGUCAACGUGCUCCAUUCUGCGUGCCGUUAACAAUAACAUUAUGCUGAAUUCACUGGUAAAGCUAUCAUGAGAUUCAUGACAUCUUAGGCGAAAGCUUUUGAUGGGUUGGUGCUCACUUCUUUCAGUAAUGGUUACAUUUACCAUAUCUUUAAAGCUAAUGUAUGGUUCUUCUUUUUUGAAAAACCUUUGAUCAUCAAAGUCAAGAUUGGGACUAGGAUAUAAAAACCAUAGUGGCCUCCACCUCUUAGAAAGUACACGAGUUGCAAAAGCAUCUUCAGAUGGGAGAAAUGAGAUAAUGUGACCGAGGAUUCCAUCAGGCAACUUACUAAUCCUGUCAUCCUCCAUCUCUGGAAUCUACAUUCCAAAACUGUGUUGUGCUUGGAGUACUUAUAGAAAUUUUCUAUAAAAAAAUAGUAAUUAAUCUCCCUAAUUAUCAUUGCUUUCUCGAGUAAGAAUUGAAUGUAAAGGAUGGCAUGCGAUCAAAAGAUGCAUUUAUUGUUAUGCACUGCACAUUAUGAUUUUAAAGGAAGGACCUUUCAUUUUUCAUACGUUAGUAUGAUUUCAGAGGUUGAAAUGAAGGUGAACGGCUGUAUUUAGUGUUUUUGUUUUUCCCAAAUUCUUUUUUGUUUCCAACAAAUUAAAAGUAGAAUUUUUUUCACUCUUCUCAAGGAUUUAAGAUUGGCUAAGGCAUGAAACAUAAUGGAAUAAUGGAGUGGAACAAAAUAUAACGGAAUUGAAUUUAGUGGAUGAAAUAAAAAAAAUAGGAGCAUUUAAUGGAAUGAGAUGGAAUGAAUUUCCUCUUGUUUUAAUCCACUUCAUCCAUUAUUUAUUUGUAAAUUCAAAUUCUAAAAUCAUAAUAUUUACCACCUUUUUUAUUUUUUUUUAUCACAUACCACGAAUUCAAACAUACACUAGAGGGACCACAUGCUCCGGCAUCGUCCUCGACAUGUGCACCCCAACAUAAAAAUAAUAGAAACUUUGAUAGAAGAUGUUAUCACCGUGGCAAAUAUGGACACAUAAGGCCCGACUGUUUAGGGUUGGAAAUGAGUUGAGUCGAGUCGAAUUUGCCUCAGCUCGGCCCGACUCGACUCGUUAAGAAAUAGUCCAACUCAAAUAACAUUUCGAAUUCGUUACGAACUUUUUUCAGCUCAAAACCGACUCGUCAAAAGUUCACGAACAACUCGGUUCGACUUGUUAGGUUCAACUCAUUUGCUUCACGGACUUAAAUUUUUUUUUUCAAGUCUAUUCUUUUUUUAUAUGUGACAUUUUUAAAAUAAAAACUAAAAAACUAAAAUAAUUAUAUGUGACAUUUUUUAAAUAAAAACUAUAAAAAUAAAAUAAAAGUUAUAAGAUUAGAAUUUUUACAAUGUAGAUUUUAUUUGUAUAAUUAUUUUUAGAAAUAUUUUACUUACUUGAUAAUAUAAAUUAUCAAUUAAAAUUGUUAAAUUAAAAGAAGAUAUAGGGUUAAGAUUUGAAGCAAAUCCUUAAACUUAUUUAAAACUAAUAAUACAAUACAUCUCAUAUAUAAUUGAGUUGACUCAUGAACCUAACGAGUCGAACUAUGUAUAGUUCAA